UCCAUCACCAUAAAAAACUUACAUCCCUCUUUGUGUAACCUCUUCUCCUCUACUCUCUCUGGUCAUGUGGUGCACAAGGUUCAGAUUCCUUUCCCUUGUGCUUGUGAUCUACUUGGUUUCUCUUGGUGACUCCCUUGCUACUGCCCACAGAGUGGUUGGGAUGAUUGAGAAGAAUGAUGAUGAUGCAAAGGGUGCCAAAAAGUUUGGACUUGAGAUCACAGCUGCUCACAGAACUUAGAUGCACCAUGGCAGUGAGGAUAACCAGGAGCAAGUGGCCAAGGGGAAGGAAGAUGAGUGCAGAAGGCUUGCAAGUAAUGAGCACAGUUGGAACAGGACUGCCAAAUAUCACCCCAAAGAAGUCAUUGGGCUCAACAACAAAACUGAAUGACAAGACCUCCAGAAGCAAUAGUGCACUGAGGACAAGACCAACAACCACCAUCAAGAAGAGCACAAAAGGGAAUUCAGCUGAGACACUGAAGCCAAAAGCAGCUGAACCAUUCUACCGUGGAUCUCAUGAUCCAUUCCAGAGAAUUGGAACCAAAAAACCAGCAGAUGCAGUCACUGAAAUGUUCAACAUGCUGCACAAGGACUACCACACAACGGGCCGCCGCCGGCCUCCGAUCAACAACAGCAUGCCUUUGAAAGAUCCCCAUGUCAAACACUAGACAGAUCAGCAAAAUUUGGACAGGAGACGACGAACUCUUCUACUACUAACUCAAGCCUUUUCUUCUUGGAUAUCUGUUAGAGAACAAUAGAUGUUUGGAUAUAGUAAUCUUCAGUAAUGCCUCCAAGCCUCUUCAGCCCUUCUCUGAGUGGUUAUCUCAAAUCACCAUUGGAGUUGGACAUUUUGGCCAUAAUAUGAGCUUGAGGCUUGUACCAGAUCUUCACCUUCAAUCUUGCAGUAUAAUAUACCUUUCACAUUUGCUUUUCCAAGUGCUACCGAUCCUUUUGAGCAGACAGCAUGUUUCAUAGAUAUGAAGAGAGCUGCAGAUUGACAUUUUUCAUCAGGAGAAGCCAGAUUUUACCUUUUCUGCAUUCCAGAGACAAAAAGAGAAGCUCAUUAUCUCAUCUUGAUUCAUAUACUAUUUUUCCUAGAAAAUAUUUCUUAGUAAUAUUUGGAAAUAUAAACUUGAGAUGAUUGAACAGGAGUCCCUCUAAAUCUCAUUCACAUAUUAUGACUGUUCUUUGAUAUCAUUUGCAGGUGGUCAUAACUCAUAAUUUAACUAAAUCUAUUUCAUCAGUGCAAAAUAUUGUUUAUUUAUUAUUGGAUUCAUUAGAUUAAUUUCAGUGUAAAACUAUUUUUUUUGGAAAGAAAUAUUGGAAAAAGAAAAAUAAAAAGACUUAUUAUAUGCUUCGCAGUCGGCAUGACGUGGGCUCAAUAACGGCCCAAGUCUCUUCAUGUUUCGGCUCGACCUAUUUGAGUCCCCAUCAUGAGCACCGUUAGAUUGAGCUUGAAUGACGUAGAUCGGCACAAUUUCGACCGUCUGAUCAACGAUUCCUCUUCGUUUCCCUUCCCGCAUCGCCAUUCGUUCUGAAGCGAUACGGGCCCCUCCCUGCGCUCCGCUUCACCCGCCGCUUCACCCGCGGCGCCGUUCGCAUCAGCGGACGCGUUGCUGGCUCCGCCGCCGACCUCGGCCCUCUUCCUCCUCCCCAGAUUCGAACGUUUUCCCCUUCCAUCCGUAUAAAUCGAGCGCUCCUCUCCUCCUUCCUUCCCAUCGCCCCAUUCACCAAUCCUUAAUUUUCCUCUUCCUCCUCCUAGUCCCUCGAUUUCGCCGGAAAAUGUAUCGCGCCACCGUGUUGGUCGUCCUCUUCCUGGCUGCGGCCGGCCUCACCGCAGCCGCCGAGGCACCCGCUCCUGGGCCCAGCUCCAAGCCCGAGCAACCGGAAUCGGCCCAGUCUCCGGCGAAAUCCCCCGCCUCCGCCACCGCCCCUUCCACCUCCACCUCCACCGCCCCGGCCAC